CGAGAGUUUGCGCAACGUCUCGCGGUGCCCUCGGUGGCUGGAGGUCGUCGACUGAGGAGAAAGAGCCGCUGAGCUUGUCCCGUCCCUCGCAGCGCACCGGUGCCGUCAUGUUCUCCCGCCUCACCCGGCCCGCCUCCGCCGCGCUCCGCCGCGGAUUCGCCACCUCCUCGCAGAACAAUGCUAAAGUGUCCGUACUUGGUGCUUCUGGGGGGAUUGGCCAGCCCCUCUCCCUCUUGCUGAAGAACAGCCCCUUAAUAAGUCACCUCAGCCUCUAUGAUAUUGCGCACACUCCAGGCGUCGCAGCGGAUCUCAGCCACAUUGAGACCAGAGCCCAGGUGAAAGGUUUUCUAGGGCCUGAGCAGUUACCAGAGUCUCUGAAGGGCUGUGAAGUCGUCGUAAUACCAGCUGGAGUCCCUAGAAAGCCAGGCAUGACCCGCGAUGACCUCUUCAAUACGAACGCCACCAUCGUUGCAAACUUGGCGGCCGCUUGUGCUAAGCACUGCCCUGAAGCCAUGAUCUGCGUGAUCGCAAAUCCGGUCAAUUCCACCAUCCCGAUCACUUCUGAGGUUUUUAAAAAGCAUGGAGUGUACAACCCCAACAGAAUUUUUGGUGUCACAACUUUGGACAUAGUGCGAGCAAAUACUUUUGUGGCUGAACUGAAGGGCUUGGAUCCGGCUCGCGUGAACGUCCCCGUGAUCGGCGGCCAUGCCGGGAAGACCAUCAUCCCACUGAUUUCUCAGUGCACGCCCAAGGUGGAUUUCCCCCAGGACCAGCUGACGACGCUGACGGGGAGGAUUCAGGAGGCUGGGACGGAAGUGGUCAAGGCAAAAGCAGGGGCAGGAUCGGCCACCCUGUCCAUGGCCUAUGCAGGCGCCAGGUUUGUCUUCUCCGUCCUGGAUGCGAUGAACGGCAAGGAGGGGGUUAUCGAAUGCUCUUUCGUCCGGUCGGAGGAGACGGAGUGUCCAUAUUUCUCCACACCGCUGCUUCUUGGGAAAAACGGCAUUGAGAAGAACCUGGGCAUUGGCAAUAUCUCUCCAUUCGAAGAGAAAAUGGUGUCUGAGGCCAUUUCAGAGCUGAAAGCUUCCAUCAAGAAAGGUGAAGAUUUUGUCAAGAGCAUGAAGUGACACGGCAAUGACCAAGAACUGCAGUCCGCUUAAUUUAUUUAAGGUGCAUCAUGUCACUUUAAAGGCGUCUGAUGGCAAAACUUUGGCUUUGCCCGAAGGCCCACGGUGUUGCCUGCCCUGUAAUCUGUCAAUUGGAAUUCUUUUCCUCCAUUAAAGAAUCAUUAUUUUUUUCAGGGUAUUCCCUGGGUAA